AUGGAAUUAAUUGCUGGUUCAUCAUUACAAGAUCAUUUAUCAUUAAUUAAAGAUACAAAUCAAAAAAUGUCUGAAGAUAAUAUAUGGCGAGUUUUGAUUCAACUUAUACUUGCAUUAAGAUAUUUACAUAAAGAAAAAGGAAUUGUUCAUCGAGAUUUAACAGCCAAUAAUAUUAUGUUAGAUGAUGAAUAUAGAGUUAAAAUUACUGAUUUUGGUUUGGCUAAAUUACGUAAUAAUGAUUGCAGUAAGAUGACAUCGGUCGUCGGUACAAUGUAUUAUGCUUGUCCAGAAAUUAUUCAACAUUUGAAAUAUAAUGAAAAAGCUGACAUAUGGAGUUUAGGCUGUGUACUUUAUCAUAUGGUAGCAUUAGUGCCACCAUUUUUUACUUCAAAUAUUCUAUUACUUGCAAGUAAAAUAUGUGCAAGUGAAUAUGAUCAAACACCACUUCAACAUUAUUCGGAUCGAAUUCGACAAAUUGUUAUUGAAUGUUUAACUGUUGAUCCAUUAAAUCGUCCAGAUAUAUGUGGUAUUGCACAGUUAUGUACAGAACAAUUAAUGUCAUAUACUGAUCGUUCAUGUACUACAAUACAAUCAUUAGAAAAACGUUUAAGACAACGAGAUCGUCAGCGUGAAAUUUAUUUUCUAAAACAACAAUCACAAUUACAACAACAAUCCAAUCAUCAUCAAAGAUGUUUAAGUUGUUCAAGUACGAAAGAAUCACUUGUAAGUAGUAGUGGUGGAAUGGCUGAUGUUAGUUUUGAUGGAACAGAUGGACAACAUGAUACAAUUAAACAAGAUACAUUUACGAUGGUAUCUGAUUGUGAAACAAUUGAAAAUGUAUCAAAUAAUAUUAUUCCACAACCACCAAGUAAUUCCACAAAACCAACUAAUAUCCGACGUCAACCAAAUCGAAUUACAUCUGAACCAUUAUCAAAUUCAACUGAAACUGCAAUAUGUCCAGCUCGAUCACCUGAAUCAUCAAAUGUAUCGUUCGAAAGUGGGUAUGAUAGUAAUAACAUAGCACAAGGAAUUCAUAAUUCUUUAAGUUUAUCAAAUAUGGAACGCAAACCUAACAGUGCUAUUAAUCGUCCACGACCAUCAUCGGCAACUGGUUCAAUAAGUAUAUUGAAUUCACGUCUUCGACCAACUGAUCCAGUUAGUCAAUUACUAGAUAUAGUUCACAAAAUAGUUUAUAUAUCAUAUGUACCAUCAAAUAAAAUAAAUCAUAAAUAUCGUCGUUUAAUUGAUCGUUAUAGAGGUUAUUUAUUUUCAAAAGGUUCAUCACAGAAUUUAAAAAGUGAAUUAUCAAAAUUAUCAACUCAUUCAACUGAUUGUAUUGAAUUUGAUGUUGGAAUUGGCCGGCAAAUGAUUGGUUUACAAUCAUUGACAGGUUCAUCACGAUCAUCAUCGACUAGUCUGUUAAAUCUUAAUGCUGUUGAUUUAACUAUUCCGGAAAGUGACGGAUCUGUCACCUAUGAACAAAUGAUGACAUUUAUUGAACAAGUUCUUCGAGAAACUGAUUAUUACAAAGAUACAGCAACACCUAUGUCACCUAGUGAAUCACUUCCACCAACCGCCCACAAAAAUCAACGACGACCAUCUGGAAGAAAAUAA